AUGAAGAAGGGCAGUGUUGGCGAGCAGGACCUGGCCUGCGCGCUCUCUGAGAGCCAGGGCCAGACACCCUCGGAACUCGCCGACGAGCGGCGAGUGCGCUACGGCGUCACCGACGUGCCGCCCUGGUGGAUGUGCAUCCUGCUGGGCUUCCAGACCUACCUCACCAUGCUGGGCGCCACGGUGCUCAUCCCCAUCCUGCUGGUCCCCGCCAUGGGCGGCGACACAGAAGACCUGGCCAAGACCAUCUGUACCUGCUUCUUCGCCUCGGGCAUCAACACCCUGCUGCAGACGCUGCUGGGGGCGCGCCUGCCCAUCGGCGGUUCCUUUGCCUACAUCUCGCCAGUCUUCGCCCUGGCUGCCUCCAUCCAGGGCAGCAUGACCUUUGACAGCGACCACGACCGCUUCAUCUACACGAUGCGCGAGCUGCAGGGCGGCAUCAUCGGCUCUGCGCUCAUCGCCCUCGGCCUGGCCCUCUUCGGGAUCUUCCUCUGGAUGCUCCAGCACCUGUCCCCCAUCACUAUUGGCGUCAACAUUUCCAUCCUGGGACUGUCGCUCUACUCCGCUGGGUGGCCACUGGGCCUGCCCGUCAUGUGCCUCAUCAUCUUCUUCGCCUUCCACCUGAGGCGGGUGAAGAUAUUCGGGCUGGCGGUGUUUGGCCUGUUCCCCGUCAUCCUGGGCCUGGGCCUCACCUGGCUGUACGCCUACAUCGCCACGGUGGCUGGCGCCUAUGACAACGCAUCGCCGGAGACCCAGCAAGCCUGCACGACCUGGCAGUCCAACUCAGACUACAUCCUCAGCGUGGCGCCCUGGUUCCGCGUGCCCUACCCAGGCCAGUGGGGCUCCCCCAUCUUCACCGCAACCAGCGUGCUGACCAUGAUUGCCGCCGUCAUCCCCGCCGCCCUCGAGUCCAUCGGCGACUACUACGCGGCCGCCCGCCUGGGCGGCGCCCCGCAGCCCCCCAGGGACGUGAUCAGCCGGGCGCUGAUGGUGGAGUCGCUAUGCUGCACCAUCUCCGGCCUGUUUGGCACCACCUCGGGCUCCACCGCGUAUGCCGAGAAUGUGGGCUCCAUCGCCAUCACCGGGGUCGCCUCCCGGCGGGUCACCCAGACCGGCGCGGUCGUCAUGAUCAUCCUGGGCACCAUCGGCAAGUUUGGGGCCCUGUUUGCGUCGAUUCCGCAGGCGAUGGUGGCCGGCAUGUUCACAGUCAUGUUCAGCCUGAUUGCGGGCGUCGGCUUCUCCAACCUGGAGGGCGUGGACCUUCACUCGGAGCGCAACAUCUUCAUCCUGGGCUUCGGCCUCUACUCAGGCGCGCCCCGCCUGCUCUCUGCCGCCGCGCUGCCGCCGCCGGCGCAACGCGACACCUUCAACAGCAUCCUCAACUCCCUCUUCUCCACCCCGGCCGCCGUGGCCCUCAUGGCUUGCCUGCUGCUGGACCUGACCAUCCCCAAGGGCCGCCGCGAGCGCACCCAGGAGGCGUGGCAGCGCCAGGGCCCGGCCGGCGACUGGUGGGAGGAUGAGACCAAGGAGCGGAUCUACGGCUGGCCCUUCCACCUGACGCCCAAGUGGCGGCGCUUCAUCGACCCGUACAAGAACCGGGCGUAUGGCGCCCUGGUCAAGUGCUGCGAGACGCUGACGUGCAGCGGGGCCCGCAAGCGCCUGGUGCUGAAGAUGAAGCCCGGGGGCGCCGCCUCGCCGGCCGACACCGCCCUGCCCCUUGCACAGCUGUCGCCCUCGGGCGUAUAG